AUGUCAACAACAACCCACCAUCAUAGAAAAAGAUUUAUUAAAUCUGAUUAUCGUAUGAAUUACCUUUGUUCACAAGAUAGUUUCUUUACUCCAUUUACUAAAGAAAAUCGUUCAAUGUCACCAGGGAAUGAUUUUGAAUCUUCAGUACGACAAGCGACUAUUACUUAUAUUGAUGUACUAAAAAGAUGUAAUCCAAACCUCGAUUUUUCUUCUGUUAUUACAAAGAGAGCAUUAACAUCACCAUCAACACCAGCACAUAAUGACUAUCAUGAUAAUUGUAAAUAUGAUUAUAUUCUUUAUACAGAUGAGGUUAUUGGAACUGGAGUUCCAGGAGUAGUUUCAUAUGGAAAAAAACAAGGAACAAGAUAUAGAGUUCUUUGUUUAUUAGGACAAGGAGCAUUUGGACAAGUUGUAAAAUGUUUUGAUGAAGUAAAUAAAACAUUUGUAGCAAUUAAAGUAUUAAAGAAUAGACCAGCUUAUUAUAGACAAGCCAUGUUAGAAAUAGCAGUAUUACAAGUAUUAAAUGAAAAAUUUGAUGUUGAUGGACGUGGACAUACUCUUCGUCUUUUAGACCAUUUUGUAUUUCAUAAUCAUGUUUGUAUUGUAACAGAAUUAUUAUCAAUUAAUUUAUAUGAAUUAAUGAAACAAAAUAAUUGUCGUGCCUUAUUUGUUCAAUUAGCACGAUCAAUUCUUCAACAAUUAUUAGAAGCACUUGUUAUAUUAUUUAGAAAUGGAAUUAUUCAUUGUGAUCUUAAACCAGAAAAUGUAUUAUUAAUUGAUGUAUCAAGGAACAUUAAAUUAAUAGAUUUUGGUUCAGCAUGUUUUGAAAAUAGUACGUUAUAUUCUUAUAUUCAAUCAAGACAUUAUAGAUCACCAGAAGUUAUAUUAGGAUUACCUUAUUCUAGUGCAAUUGAUAUGUGGUCAUUUGGAUGUAUGGCAGCAGAAUUAUUUGUUGGAAUACCAAUAUUUCCAGGAAACAGUGAAUAUAAUAUGUUAUUUAAAUUUAUUAAUAUGUUAGGAAUGCCUCCAAGAAAUUUAUUAGAUAAAGGAAGUAAAACUUCUAAAUUUUUUAGAAGAAAAAGACCAUCAGAAAUGAAAAAUAAAGAUGAUGUUUGGGCAUUUAAAAGUAAAAGAGAAUUUGAAGAAGAUAAUAAUAUUUAUACUGAACCUAAUAGAGAAUAUUUUACAUAUAAAACAUUAGAAGAUAUUGCUAUGAAAGUUGCUUUUAGAGUUUCUUCUGCUGAUGAGCCUCAUAAACUGGAAAUGAGAGUUGCAUUUUUAGAUUUUCUUAAACGUGCACUUCAAUGGGAUCCUGAAGUUAGAAUGAGACCAGAUCAAGCUUUACAACAUCCUUUUAUUACUAAAACUCCAUUACCAAGUAAUUAUACUCUUCCACCUACUACAGAACCAUUAAGAUCAUUCCCUCCAGGAACUCAACUUACUACUGAAGAAGUAUUACAAAAAAUUGCACCAAAUCCAGCUGCAGCACAAAAGUUACGAACUAUGGGAUAUAAUGCUACAACAUAUUAUCAAGUUUAUGCUGAUGGAUUAAGUAAAGGAAUUGUAUUAAAUAUCCUUAAUUCUAAUCCAUUCUUUUUACAACCAAUGACACCACCUGCAUUAAUUCGUAUAAAUCAACAAGAAGAAGAAAAGAAAAGAAGAUUAUUAGAAGAAAAUAAAGGAAAUAUUUUAUAUCAAGGAAUUGGUUCAUCUACAAUUCAACAAGAAGUUAUGAAGAAUAGGUCUUUGUUUAAAGAACAUUCGAAAAAAGAAGAACAUAAGAAACAAAGAAGACAAACUGGUGAUGUCUUCUCAAAUAAAGGAAUGGAAACUUUAUCACCUCGUGCUGAAGACUUUUUAGUAGCACAAAGUAUGAAAAUUGAUCAACAACAAGCUACUUCAUAUGCUGGUAGUAAUAUUACUUUACCAGGUUCUACAUCAGAUGGAUCAAUGGCAGGUUCUUGGAGUACACAAGCAGGCAUGUUGCUUCCAGGAGGAACUACUGGAAGUAUAAAUCCAUAUGAUUAA